AAUAAUGAAUUGCAGCAAAAAAUAAAUGAUUUACAAAUGACUUCGGAAUUAAGUACAGUUCAUUUUGAAUUGGGCAUAAUUCUUGAGAAAAGCGAAAAUUUAGACAAUAUUGAGAAACCUAUUUUUUCCAAAAUCUUCGAAUUACGACAAAGUAUUGGAAAUAUAGCCAUCGAAGUAGAUAAAUUAACUAUGAAGAUGGAACCAAAUAUAAACAGAUAUGUAGAAGAAUUAUGUAAUUUAAAACAACCAUUAUUUAAAUUACAAAGUCUUUUGUUCAAUUCAGAGAGUGAGAUACAGCAAAAACGAAUAAUUAUUCAGUUAUUAGAACCAUUAAAAAGCUUACAGACA